UCUGUCAUUAAGCUGAAGCGUGGGUUCCAAAAAAGACCCGCCAUUCAAAAACAUUGAGCUUUCGAAGUCUCCUCUUCGUUCAAAAUGAUUGCGUCUGGAACCAUUCUGACCAAAGGUUUCCUCAUUCUUCUUUUCAGCCGGCUUAUUUUCACAACUUCAGCUGACUUCUCAGAUCAGAACAGCGACAGUGAUUGGGGAGACCAAACCAUUUACGACGAUGACGAUGGUUCUUGUGGCAGCACAACAUUGGGCGAUGGUUGCAGCAUGAGUGACGAUUGCAGCACAAUCACAUGCCAAACGAAUUUCGUCAAUAAACCGAUCACACUGAAGUUAAAGGUCAAUAAGUGCGAUGACCCAGUCAGUGUAACAGCCUCGAUGGAAGUACCUGAUCUGUAUAUCUCCUGGUCUCAUACUUACACCAGUGACGACAUGGUAGAAGUCCCAGGAUUCACCGCGUCGGUACCAGGUCUCCCAAUCUCCGCUGGUGUAUACGUUCAAGUAUCUCUCACUCCAAACGGCGAUGAACUGAAAAUUACGGUGAAGCUCCUCGCUGGAAGCAAAGUUUGGCAAGACGGAUUUUAUCCUGUGAAACUAUCAGUGAUGGACGGCAACCUGCCCAUUAACACUAACGCUUGCGGUAUCCUCGCCUUGUGGUACGAUAUGAACGAUAUCGAGAGAGGAGCUGUGGUCGGAGGCUCCAUUCUCCUCCUCAUCAUCUUCAUCUCUUGCUGUUGUUGCUGCUGUGGCUGCUGCGGCUGUUGCAAAUCUAGUCCGCCCAACCAAGGAACUGUGUUUGUCCAGCCUACUGUUGGUUUGGGUCCUCCUGUCAUGGCAACCAGUACUAAAACUACUGUCCCCAUGCAACCGUUUGUCAACGAGGCUUAGAUGCUGUCCUCUUCAUUGCACACGCUUUGAAAGCGCGACCGCUGUUUUAGAAAAAAACUAAAAUUGUGUUUGAGUUUGUUUAGCAGUUAAAAAAGACCCAGGGGGGGAGGGGGGAAGGGAGGGGUGGGAACACGGUAAGGGGUUACAUUUUGAUUUUUCCUUUUUUAAACUAGACUAAUUCUUGAUCAGGUUUUCUUCUAACUGGGCUCUUUUGCUUAAUGCACUAGCAGAGAGUGAAAGAAAUCGUUCAGUUCUUUUUCUCUUUUUUACUCUUGAACAUUAUCAUCAUCAAAUCUGUCGUAUCUUAGCGACUAAAACUUAAUAUACGAUUGUGAUUUAGUGCGUGGGCCAAUUUGGAAACCAUGCUAGUGAUGUCCAUUCUAAAACAAUGAACGCAUAUCUUGGCCAUUUCAGGGAGUUCUUGCAGGGGAGACCACGUUUUACACGUUACACUUUUCCACAGGAAAAAAAUGUCCCGCUAACUAAGUCGCAAAAAUUUAUUUCUGUAAGUCCAAUAAAGGACUUUCGGUAGUUUUUUAAAACUACUUAAUAUUUUAAACUGCUGUUACCUCAGACUAACAAGUAAUAACAUUGUCAAUAAUUCUUUACCUAAAAAUUCCGUGCAACGAUUGAUCAAAUAGAGCUGUGCUGCAACUGAAGUUUUAGAGGACGAUUUUACGUUUACUUCCUUACUAAUUUGUUGUGCGUUUGAAAAGAAAAAAAGUGUUUCCGUAAUUGAAAUCACCGAUUUACAAACUAAAACUACCGCAUGAUAUUCAUUCCAUAAAUUAGGAUUUCGAUCAACGCAAUUCAAUGUAGUCGAUUUUUUUUGCAAUUAUGGAGUUGUAUUUACAGAAAUAUUAGAGCGAGAUGGUAGAGUUCUUUAAAUUAUGUUUGAUGUUAUUUUUAGAGAAAAUUCUCCUCCCCUGAAUUUUAGUUUUCAUGAUAGUACUUUUUCCAUUAGCUGAAGGUGUUAGAAUCAGCCCCGUGCAACUAUUUUUGAUACAGGAAAUUUUUCACUGAACACAAUUGUUCAAUAUAUACCAGGUUGCAUGCUGAAUUUGUUUCAUAUUUUCUUCGAUUGUCCCUUAUGUCGUCACGUGCAUUAAAUAUGAUUUGAGGCCAUAGCUUAUGUUUAACAGUAGUAUUUGAUAGGCGAGCAGCUGUUUACAUUUCAAUGGCCAUUAAUGGUAAAUAGUUUGUAAGGUGUUACCAGUCUAGUUCAGUAUACGAUACAGUCACAUUUUGACUUGUAGAUGAAGAAACAAUGAUUUGAACUGCAGUUGUAACAAUUGAAAUAAAAGCAGGGACUAAAAAUGUCAGGCCAUGCUGAGAUUCAGACCCAUGCCUCUUAGGUACUUAUUUGGCGUGGAAGAAUGGGUUCAACAUCCUUGGAAGCCUAAAUUUUAUAGUUUUUUCCUGAAUUUUUGUAAACUACAGUUCCUUUUAUUUUAAGUCCAACGUUCACAACUUUGAUAAUAAAUCAAGAUGUUCUCUUGUGAGCAAUGAAA